AUGCGAAAUGCAGGGGGCCGAGCAUUGCGUGGUGCUGGCUCGUGUUGUGGUGAUUACCUUGCUGACAAUGAUGCUUUGAACGAAACUGAAGAGCCAGUAAGUGAAGAGCCAGCAAAUGAAGAGCUAAAAACUGAGGGGCUAGAAACUGAAGAGCUAAAAACUGAGGGGCUAGAAACUGAAGAGCUAGAAACUGAGGGGCUAGAAACUGAAGAGCUAGAAACUGAGGGGCUAGAAACUGAAGAGCUAAAAACUGAGGGGCUAGAAACUGAAGAGCUAGAAACUGAGGGGCUAGAAACUGAAGAGCUAAAAACUGAGGGGCUAGAAACUGAAGAGCUAGAAACUGAGGGGCUAGAAACUGAAGAGCUAGAAACUGAGGGGCUAGAAACUGAAGAGCUAAAAACUGAGGGGCUAGAAACUGAAGAGCUAGAAACUGAGGGGCUAGAAACUGAAGAGCUAAAAACUGAGGGGCUAGAAACUGAAUAG